AUGGUUAUGCACGCAGAACAAGAUUACUGGCACUUCUACCCUUGUACCCAGCUGGCCGCUUGUGGAUAUACAGUUCUUUGUGGUAACAAUGCUGCCUCCAAGACUGGGCUCAUGAAUGAUCUUGACUUCCCAGCCACGAUUACCAACGUCGUUCUCUGGGGUCACAGUGGUGGUGAAGCCAUGAUAUCUGAGUACCAAAAUACUGCUGAGAAUGGAGUGUCUGCUUGUAAAGGACCUGAGAAGAUCAGCAUUUGCUCAGACGACCAUGCUGGUCUCCCACCUGCCGACGGUGUCAUCUUGCAUGAUGCCAACUACGGUCUUUCCACAAUGGGAUUCAUUAGUCUCAACGCUGCCAUCAAGAACGAAUCCACUGGUCUCCGUGACAUCGACGCAACUCUCCAUCUCUACAACACUACUUACGGCUACAAUGCAAGUGGCGGAAGCAGUAACUACACUGCCAAUUUCUUGUUCUGUUGGUCCACUGCUGCUGUUUCCUGUAACAAUCGUCUCCUUACCUUUGCCCAAGGUCGUGCCGAUGCCAUCAGCAAUUACAACACUUCUGAUGCACUCUUCGACGAUGAUGAGGGAUUUAUUAUCCCAGACUCUAACUACUUGGGGACAAACAACAAGCUCAUCUCGCAAGAUAACUCUACUGUCCGUGUUGCUAUCGGCUUUAACAUCGUGUCCUCCUUCUACGACGGAGCCUUCAAGACCACAAUUGGCCGCUACCUCCGAACCUUCGCUAUCAAAGUCAAUGACGAUUACAAGAUCAAUGCAGACGGUAUCGACGGUAUCCAAUGGAACUCCUCCCACAUCGUUCCUAUCAACACUUACUUAAAUGCCGAGAAGGCCUUCCUUGCUUCCGGCUCCAACGAUACCUCGAAAGCUUUCGUCGAAGGUGCCAAACAUACCAUUAACCCAUGUACUGAUUGUGAGACAUACCCUGGACAGUACAACAACACUAUCAAGAACGCUUUCAACUACCAGGCUGCUUGGUUGGAGAAGGCUGGUCGCUUCAUCUAG